GUCGGUUGGGCAUUCGAUAAGAAAGUAAUGCGUGUUUCUGGCUUUCUCUUCUACUCAUUCAAUUCUAUGCUGUCUAUGUAAAUUAUUUUUGGCUUUUUCUUCUUCUUCUUCUUCUUUUUUUUUUUCUUUUGUUCUGUGGCAUUGCUGUUGGGUUGCGACGGGACAGCCUGGCAGCGCAUACAUAGGCUUCUGACGCCGGGUGGAAUGAACCUAACGAUUGCUUUUACCCAUUCAAUCCAGCAAUAUUUGUCAGCCUGCCAACCAAAAUGUUCUCAUCGGCGUUCAAGUCGUUGAGCUCCAACAUAUCAGCAAACUACCAGAUCUCUCCGCACCCAAUUGCGAUUUCUGGCCCCUGGAAAAUCCAUGACGGGAAAAAAAAAUCCACUAGCACCGCGGCAUCUAUCUUUAUCUUUGACAGGAAAAACCUCGAAUCGCGGUCAAGCGGGUUCAGUAAUCGAUCUGGAUCUUCUUCGAAGAAACUGCAAGAGGAUGUUGUCGAACGACUAAAGCGGGAGGCCAGCAGUCUCGCACGACUCCGGCAUCCGUCUAUCCUCCAGGUUUUGGAGCCUGUAGAGGAAACGCGUGGUGGUGGUCUCAUGUUUGCAACGGAGCAAAUUACCACGUCUUUGGCAGGAUUCUUGCAACAGAAAGAUGGCCAGGAAAGUUCAGUGAGGGCCGGCACUAGAUCCAGCCGUUAUAUGAUAGAAGAGCCUGACGGAACGCGAAGACGACGGGAUCUUGAAAUUGAUGAGCUUGAAAUCCAAAAGGGUCUGUUACAAGUAGCAAAGGGCUUGGAGUUUCUUCAUGAGUCGGCAGGCCUGGUUCAUGGCAACCUAAACCCUGAAGCCAUCUACAUUAACGCCAAAUCCGAUUGGAAAAUCUCGGGCUUGGGGUUUUCUGGUCCUCCUAAUUCCUCAGAAACACGGUCAACACUUCCGCCAUUGGCUCUGUCUGAGGUUCUCCAUCAGGAUCCACGACUGCCCAGGUCAGUCCAGCUGAAUUUAGACUACACCUCGCCUGACUUUGCUCUUGAUUCCAACGUUACCUCCGCUUCGGACUUGUUCUCCCUUGGCCUAAUUAUAGUUGCGUUAUAUAACGCGCCUCACGUCUCUCCGCUUCAGGCGCAUUCGAGCCUUAGUUCAUACAAGAAGCUUCUCAGUUCACCAUCCACAACCCCCGCGCUAGGCAACAACUUCCUUUCCGUUGGACCCAUCCCAAAGGAUCUUCUUUCUCAUGUUCUUCCAAGGCUUAUCACUAGGCGUCCAGCCCAGCGUCUCAAUGCACGAGAGUUUCAGCAAUCUCAGUACUUUGAUAACAUCCUGGUUUCCACAAUUCGCUUCUUGGAGUCCUUGCCAACCAAGAACGCAAAUGAAAAAUCACAGUUCAUGCGUGGCUUACAACGGGUAAUUCCUGAAUUUCCUGCGUCUGUUUUAGAAAGAAAGGUUCUGGGAGCUCUUCUGGAAGAGAUGAAGGACCGUGAACUCCUUCCGCUCAUCUUACAGAAUGUUUUUGGAAUCCUGCAGCGAGUCCCCAACGCACGCCGGACCUUUCCAGAGAAGGUUAUUCCCCGACUCAAGGAGGUUUUCCCCACGGGCUCGGGCAAGGCUGCUGUUCAAGAACGCGAUUCCAAAAAGGAUGCCGGUCUCAUGGUUCUGCUUGAAAAUAUGAAGGUUGUUGCAGACAACUGCUCCGGCAUGGAGUUCAAGGACGAUAUCCUACCUUUGAUUCGACUGGGAUUGGAUUCGCCCACUCAUUCCCUAGCGGACGCCGCAAUCAAAUCCCUUCCCGUGAUUCUUCCUGUUCUCGAUUUCAGUACUGUGAAGAACGAGGUUUUUCCUCCAAUCGCUACUACAUUCAGCAAAACCAGCAGUCUUGCUAUCAAAGUCCGGUGUCUGGAGGCCUUUACAUCACUCUGUGGGGGCUCAUCUGAUGGAGAAACCGGAUCUGACGACGACUUGUCUGGAGUUAUUCAAAACAACAAAAAGUCCAUCAAAUCCUCUAUUUUGGACAAAUACACCAUACAGGAGAAACUUGUUCCUUCGCUCAAGGCAAUCAAAACGAAAGAGCCUGCUGUGAUGAUGGCCGCCUUGGCAGUAUUUCGGCAGGUCGGCACGAUUGCUGAUACGGACUAUCUUGCCUUGGAAGUCCUUCCAAUUAUCUGGAGCUUCAGUCUUGGGCCACUGCUUAAUCUCCGCCAGUUCGAGCAAUUUAUGGCGCUAAUUAAAAGCCUCUCUACGAAGAUUGAGCGUGAUCAAAAGAAGAAGCUUCAGGAACUUACAUCAGGAGGAGACUCGGGUGGGUUCCAAAAUUGGGCCGAGAGUUCGUCCAAAGCUUCCAAUGGCCUUGGUUCACCUAAUAACGAUGACACAAGGGACAAUUUCGAGCAACUUGUUCUUGGGAAGGGCUCUGCAACAUCAAAUAAAGACGAGCUUGAUCCUUGGGGCAGUCUGACCGCAGAGCCUUCUGUUUCCCAGGCAUCAACCCCCGCGCCGCCAUCGACAUUUUCCUGGUCUUCGAAUGCACCCGGGUCGGCCAUGGCAUCUACUCAGUCAAGUCUCAACUUCCGUUCCGUCACCCCUGAUUACAACCUGAGCUCUUUCCCAUCCCUUGAUCCUACUGUCCAACAAAAGUCCCCUAUGAGUCAAAGUUUUCCUACUUUGCAACCAUCGCCAUCUCCAUCUACUGCAUGGAGUUCUCCAGUUUCUUCAGGCAGUCAGCCUAGUUUGCAGGGGAACAUGUCUGGUUCAUCUCUCGCGACACUGGCGACCAUGAAGCCUUCUACUCCCAUGUCAAGUCAGCCACCUCAGCAACCCCCCAACUACUCUGCAUUUUCGAUACCACCGCCCCCUUCCGCACCAAGUUCGAUGAACUCAUUUACAAGCUCCAGCGGGCUGUCCAGUGUCGGAAGAUCCCCUUUGGCUACGAAUAUGACACAAAGUUCAUAUUUAAACAACAACAACAACCCUACGUCACAAGGAACGCAGAAACAGGGCCUGGAUAAGUAUGAGAGUUUGAUAUGAUGAAAUCAAAUUUCGGCUGGCUUGUUAUUUGAAUACCCUUUUUUUCUCUUUUUUUUUUCUUUUUUUCUUUUUGGCAUAUGGACAUGGAAAAUUCACUGGUUUUGUUUCUGAGAUGAAAGUUUGAUAAUGAAUCAAAACUACUAUUUUAUUAGGCGUGUGUACUGCUUCGAGUUGAUUUACCCUUACUAGGUGGUACGAAGAAACAAAGCUUAACUUGGUCGAAAUAUAUAUUCAUUCCAUGGUUGUCAUGAUCUUGUUUAGCCCCCAACAAAAACAGUAUGAUUUCCAUGGUUUCUGUAACUAUAUACAUCUCUGAAUUUCUUGCAGAAAACUUGAAAAGCUUGCUUCUGAUAAAUUAAUACCACUCCAGAAUCCAGACGUAUCGUGCCUAUGUGGGUAACUAUGGAUGUGAUGUAGAUGUAGUCCGAGU